AUGAACACUAUACGACACUGGAUAAAAGACUACGUUAUCUCAGUUGCAGAGAAACAUGGGGGAAACCUAAGCAGUGUUCCAGUACACGACAAAUCCGGGAAAGCGCAGCUGAUCCAGGCAUGCCUUUUUUGCGCAUUUUUCAACUCUUCCGAAUCGCUCGAUUCUUCAAGAUCGACGCCCGAACCCACCGCAGUCGAGCCAAUAUGGGCCGUCAUCUCGGACAAGGAGCACACCAUACCGGUGCGCUUGACGCAGGAAGCCGUAGAACAUCACAACAUGACAGACCUCACCAAGAACCGCCUGACGAAACAUCGGGGCGCCGUCGUCCGCGUCAAGUCGUUCAAACUCGUGUUUCGGCGCCGGCCAUUGGGCGGACAGCAGAAGGGGAUGACCGCCGAGCAAGUAAUAACGCUCGAUGUCGACGCCAUCGAGGUCAUCGGGAGCUCGGAAGAGGCGGUUUUCGGCGACCCGACCGAAAUCAGCUGCGACCCGCUCGUCGCGCGGUGGAUACAAGGCCUCCGAGAUGGCGGAGGUGGAGGGAACGUGCUCAAAUUGGAGAAGGUGGCUGGCAUCUCCGCGACAGCAGCCGCCGGGCAACAGACACGCGUUAAGCUCCCACCUGGGACCACAGCUGAAUCGCCCAGGAAGCUCGCAGCCAAGAAGCACACAGCUGCUCCGGCUAUUUCGACAUCUGCGACCACUACAAAUGGAGGGCGGAAACUGGACAAACCCAAUCCGCUAGUAAGAGAUCUCGAACGGCCCUUCCGAAAGUACCUAAUGCCAGAGAAUCGGCAAAAAUAUUCUGAAAUCCCUAAGGAGUAUCUCAAGGCGCUAGCAAAUAUCCCAGAUCCUUCGUCGAUUUCAACUAUCCAGGAAAUCAUGAAUUUCGUAUCAGAGACGGCAUCCAAGCCCAAAGAGCAUUCCGAGCCACAACCGCCCCCGCAGUCAACCAUUUACGCGGGUAGCGAAGACCCCAGAUUUGACGCAAGAUCGAAACCUCACGAGGAUCCCGUACCGGAUCAACCCCUACCGUCAACCUCUUAUAUCGCGGACAGCCCCAGGGAUGCAACAAAGUCGGAUUCCCAAGAGCGUCUUGUGUCACAACAACCCGUGCCAUCGAUGUCUUCGUACCUUACAGCUAGUCAAACGAAGGCGGACGGUAGCAUGCAAACCACUGAUUUGCAUCCUAUGACGACGCCAGGACCCCGUGGAAGGGCGAUGGAUGGGCAGUCCAACGUGCCGAAGAUUGUACAAACCAGCUCUACAGAUCGCAUGUACAGUGCGGCAAAGUCAACAGUCAUCCCUGACGCUUUGCGCCUGGACGAGACUCCUGACGCUACGCAAUUCGUUUCGAAAAUCGGCAUAACACAGCCUGGACAGUCCCAACCUACACCAUCACUGGUACGUCAGAGGACACCGAGCGAAUGGGCGUCCUCUCCGCCUCGUAGCCCGAAGCGCAGAAAAGUGACCCCGUUGGAUCCUAAUUCUGCAAUGGACGACGAUACCGCGGACACAGGAGAAGGAGACACCCCACAAUCUGCAAAACCCACGAACGACAUCCUCUCUUUAUCUCAGCUCUCUCAGGACAGCGCCGAGAGCGAUGAAGAGGACAUCGCGUCGAUCUUCGAGUCCUCUUCAUCCCCCGUCCGCGUCGCCGGUCGCGCUCGCGACCCAACCUCCCCGUUCUAUCCGGAUCCCGGAAAUCAGGACACUUGCACAAGGUCUUUGUCCUACCCGCGCCCGCUAGCCCAGCUGCCGCGCGAAGAGGUUUCGACACCGAGUUCGCCCCCUCCGCACGCAUCGAGCACAGAGAUAAGCCACCGCGAUGGACCCCCCGCCGAAGCUUCCAUGCCAUCCCAGGCAAUCAGCGGCUCUUCCGUGAAAAGCCAGGAAUCGGAAGCACAGGAGACCGCAGCAGAGUCCGUGUCGUCCGCUACUCGUAGAGUGCGCGAGCGUGCCAGCGCGCUUUUGACGCCCGGCAGCUCGCCGCUUCCGAAGGGAAAGGUGCUUGUGCCCGCUUCGGACACGUCAGCGAGCAUCUCGCAGAAUCAAAGCCAAAAUCGACCCGCCCCAGGGCCCCAGAACGUGGCGUCCGCUCAUGCGGCCGGCACAUCGGACGAAGGGACAAACCAGCAUCCGGAACCGGAUGCCAAGCAGAACAGACAACCGAAAACUCGCAAAGAAGAGCUACAUCUCGGUCUAGACGUAUCAUCUGCUGGCGUUGGAGAUUUAGCUACCCUGCUCAGCGUUGCGGUUGUGGACGAUGUGAAGGACCUUGAAGGCGACGAUGCUGGGACCCGCACCAGCUUGUACGGUCAGGACACAUCGAAGAAAUCAAAGGCACGGUCCGAAAUGCCAGUCAUACCAAAGGAACCCGACGUCUUCCUUGACGAUACCUCCGCUCAGCUCAGAAAACACUCCGAAAUCGGCCGCCACGAAUCUGCCUCGUCUAUGAAGACCGCGGAAUGCAUCCUCAAUCCACUGGCUGAAAAGUCUCAAGAUACGCUGGCGGCUUCUUAUGCGUGCUCCAAUCAACCCAAACGUCAACCAUCCCCACGCCGCUCCGACGCGGUUGAGGUCGUUGACCCGGCUCCGGUUCGUGCGCACGUCCCGCGAAAAUCGGAUGGGCCAACUUCUCUGCCGCCGCACGCGAAGCGGAUAUUUAGGGCCGAACAACAAGCAGUCGUAGAGGACUCUCCACGUACCAAAGGACGCUUGACAAAUCCUGAGCGCCUGUAUGGGUCGGCAUCCAAGGCAGAGGGUAGCCAUAAUCCGGAUAUGUGGGUGGAACCAAGUUUCAUGCGCAAACGGGCUGCACGUCCUGCUGCCGGCUCCAGCGCUCGGGAAGAUGGUUCGAAGCAACGCGCCCCUCAGACGCCAUCGACGGAGCAUGUCAAUACAUCCGCAGCACGACGGACUUAUUCAGUCGUGCAGGCGCCGGGGUCAUCUUCACGGCCAGGUUCGGAUAGCGUUCCUCACAUAAAUCUGUCAAUGGUACACGCCAGCUCCACGAGAACCCGGAAACGCAACCGACUCUUGGCAACCUCUUCCGACGAGCCCGUAACGGACGCGCGCACACCCCGAUACUAUGCGACUUCCAGCCGAACAUACAAGCGGUUGAAAACCACGGAGUCCAUCGAAUCAGAGCACUCGCCCCUCACAAAUCCACCUCCUGCUCAACGAUCAGACGCCAGACCGAAACUCGGCGGGUUCAAACCUUUCUCAUCAGAACCCUCACAUGCAAAUCCUAGCGAUAUUGGCUGGCCACGUUUGACAGAAAUCUUGCUUACAACGGGUCAAACAAGGACCCGAGAUGCGAAGAGGCACAGAGUUUCGUGA